AUGGAAGUCUCCUUCUCUACCGCAAGCUUUAAUAUUCCACUCUUAUUCUUCUUUAGCAUUGCUUCUUUUCUCCUAGUUCACGGACAGCUUCCGUUGCCCAUUACUGACACCAUUGACAUUCAGCAUCAUAAGGUCCAUAUCGUUCAUGUUCAAAAGCCAAGUGUAAAAAAGUUCCAGCUCUUCAAACAUAGAAAAAGUUGGUACCAGUCUUUCUUGCCUAAUGACACCCUCUUCUCCGGCGAGCCACGCCUGGUCUAUGCUUAUCGCCAAGUGAUCACAGGAUUCGCCGCUUGGCUUACCCAAGAAGAGCUGAAGUCCAUUGAAUCAAUGGAUGGGUUUCUCCUGGCUCACCAAGAUGCCACCCUCCAGCACCGCACGACAUACACCCCAAAAUUCCUCGGCCUCGAUAGGGCGCAGGGCAUGUGGUAUGAUUCCGGGUAUGGCCAAGGUCAAAUCAUUGCUGUCAUUGAUAGCGGGGUGAAGCCCACCCACCCUUCCUUCGGCGGCCAUGCCAUGCCGCCGCCUCCACCAAAGUGGAGUGGCACUUGCUAUUGGGGCCCUCCAAUCUGUAACAACAAACUCAUCGGGGCACAGGGCUUCGGAGGUGGGAGCUCAAUCGAUCCAAUAGACAAUCAUGGUCACGGCUCCCACUGUGCAAGUAUUGCAGCCGGUAACUUUGUCGAUAAUGCAAAUGUUCUUGGUCAAGCUCAUGGCACGGCCGCUGGUAUUGCACCAAAGGCCCACCUCGCCAUCUACAAGGCAACCACAAGUAGCGCCUUGCUUAAAUCCAUAGAUGAGGCCAUUCGCAACCAUGUUGACGUGAUGUCCAUUUCCCAAGGCGACAAAUCACCAAACUUUGAUGCGAACAGGAUUGUAAUAGGCUCGUUUGCAGCAAUCACAAAGGAUAUUGUCACCUGCGCGGCGGGGCCAAAUGACCCACGGGUUAGUAGAAUUGAUAAUGAUGCCCCCUGGAUCAUAACCGUUGGUGCAGCCUCCACUGAUAGAAGAAUAACAGCCACUGUAAAGCUUGGCGAUGGGCGAGAGUUCGAUGGCGAAUCAGCCUAUCAGCCCAGCAAUUAUAACUCACCACAACUACCACUAGUGAAAGGCUUACCCAACGUGAAAGGAAAGAUAUUAUUCAAUAACUCAGUAAUAGACAACACUGCGGCAGGUGCCCUUGUCCUAAAACAUGGAGGGGAGGGUUUGGUUGUCUUGGGUUUCCUUGGAAAUUUAACAAUUGCACAACCUCAUGUGCUCCCAGCCACGUUUAUUACCCAAUAUGCAGGACAACAACUUGUAAAGUAUGCAACCUCUACACCUAAUCCGACCGCAUCAAUUAUCUUUAAAGGUACACAAUUUGGUGUCCGGCCCUCACCAACUGUUGGCUCAUUUUCGGGUCGAGGCCCUAGUCUUCGCAACGGGGGCAUCAUAAAGCCUAAUGUAAUUGCGCCAGGCGUCAACAUCCUUGCAGCAUGGCCAUUUGAUAUUGUCAUAAACCACACAAGCACACAUGAAAAGUUCAGUUUUCAAUUCGGCGCCUCUAUGGCCACUCCACAUGUAGCUGGUCUUGUUGCUCUUCUCAAGAGCAACCAUCCUACGUGGUCAGCUGCAGCAAUAAAGUCGGCCAUCAUGACAACGGCUCGCACUACUGAUAAUGAAGGAAAACCUAUUACAGAUCAGGCUGAUGGGAAGAAAGCCAAAGUGUUUGCUACAGGAUCAGGUCUUAUCGACCCGGAGGCAGCUAAUAAUCCGGGUCUCAUUUAUGAUAUCCAACCCCAUGACUACAUCCGUUACCUUUGUGGCUUGGGCUUGUUUGAUGAUAAGAAAAUUAAUGCCAUAGUUCGGGGAAAGAUAACUUGCUCUACCAUUCGUAGCAUCAAAGCAGAGGAACUAAACUAUCCUUCCAUAGGAGUGUCUCUUGGUGCUAGCUCUGCACCAAAAACUGUGAGUAGAACAGUGACAAAUGUUGGAGAUGCUGGCACUACCUACACUGUGGAUUUUGAUGACCCGAAAGGUGUCAAUAUUGUGGUUUCUCCAAAAGUCCUUCGCUUCAACAAAGUUGGGGAGACGAAGAGUUUUAACAUCACGCUAAGCUUUAAAAGCGUUCCCUUGCCAGCUGGUGAAGUUUCAGAAGGGAAAUUAUCAUGGGUUUCUGGCAAAUACCUUGUGAGGAUUCCAAUUGCAGUCACAUUCGUCUGA